ACAUCCCCUUGGCAGCCCUAACAAAUACCAGGAACCUUUCAUGGAGAAUUUACAGAGGCCUGGUGAAACCUCAAGAAAGGACAGAGGGCAUCGGAGAACAGAUCCGUCACAACACAAAGAGAUGCCACACACGAGAUCUUCGUCUCCUCCAGAGAACGGACUGAGGCCUUCUGCAGACCACAAAUCAAAAAGCCACCAACGCACUGAGAAGUCCUCAAACCAUUCAAGCAGAGGAUCCCAGGAGCCUCGAGGACAGUCUGUGGGUUUGCAGGGCGGCGGGCAGAAAAACAACCCCUCCCCGAGUCGCUAUGAUCAGGAUGGCUGCCAGGAGCAGUGGGACAGAGGUGGAAGUGGAGGAAGCCGCAAUAAAUCUAAGUCCACUUGGAGACCCAUACGGGAGGUGUUAAAUGUGGACACUGUGCUGAACGAGCUGGAGCAGCGCCGGCAACAUCAGCAGGACAGCCCGAGGCGCGGCAAGCCGUCCCAGGAAAGGGUGCACGCCGAACCAAGUCGAGACCGCGAGAGGGAAUUUGUACGAACCAGAGAAGAUCGGAAGCAGCAGAAGUGUUUGAUGACGAUUUACGAGGACGAGCAGAGGCACGAGACCGAGAGCCACAGCUCUGUAGAGUCAGAGAGCAGGGCCAACCAGCAGAGGGGCGGCCGGCUUAAAGGCGGCCCCAAGACACUUCUGCGGAGCGACACCUGGAUCAUUCAGAGGACAGAGUCUGGCUACGAGAGCAGCGACAGACUCAGUAGUGGCUCCACCAACCCAGACUCACCGGGGGUCGACGGCUUUGCUGUCAAGGACCAGCGAUCAACACCAGAGGCACAGCUGCAAAG